AUGGCGGCGGGCGGGGGCUUUCCGGCAGCCGUUCUGCUCGUCCUUGUUCUCAGCUCUACCGCCGCCGCCACCAACCAGGUCAAGUCCUCCCAGGUCUGGUCUCUUCUACGCCUGCGGCGCCUCCUCGGCCACCCCCCGGUCCUCGCCAGCUGGACCAACAACACAGACCCCUGUUCCGGUGACCCCUCCCCCUCCCUCACCGUCGUCUGCUACGGCGAUGGGGUCAGUCAGCUGCACAUCGCCGGCGCCGACGGCUCCCCUCCUCUCCCCCGCAGCUUCUCCGUCAACUCAUUCUUCACCACCCUCACCCGCCUCCCGAACCUCAAAGUCCUCUCCCUCUCCUCCCUCGGCCUGUGGGGCUCCCUACCCGGACACAAGCUCGCCCGCCUCUCCUCCCUCGAAAUCCUCAACCUCAGCUCCAAUUUCCUCUCCGGUCCCCUUCCCGGCGAGCUGUCCUCUCUCGUUGAGCUCCAGAGCCUCAUCCUCGACCACAACAUGUUCUCCGGCGAGGUCCCCGCCGGGCUCGGCCAGCUCUCCCGCCUCGCGGUGGUCAGUGUCCGGAACAACUCCCUCAGCGGGGAGCUGCCAGAGUCGCUGGCCAACCUCGAGGGCCUCCGCGUGCUCAUCUUCUCCGCCAACAACCUCUCCGGCGGCCUGCCGGACCUCACCGGGCUCACCAACCUGCAGGUCCUCGACGUGGGAGACAACCGUCUGGGCCCCGUCUUCCCGGAGCUGGGGAAGAAGGUGGCGACAGUGGUGCUGAGGAACAACACCUUCACCGGCGGCCUCCCCACCGAUGUGACUUCAUACCAUCUCCUGCAGAAGCUCGACAUCUCCCACAACAGGUUCGUCGGGCCCUUCCCGCCGGCAUUGCUCUCCCUGCCGUCCAUUCGUCACUUGGACAUCGCCGGGAACAGGUUCACCGGGUUGCUCUUCUCAAAUCUCUCCUGCAACGACGGCCUCGAGUUCGUCGACUUCUCCUUCAACCUCCUCACGGGCAGCCUGCCGGCAUGCCUCGCCAGAGAAUCGACUCCAAACAACGUCUCCUAUUUGAUGAAUUGCCUGAGCGACAUGGCUCAGCCCCAGCACCCAUAUUCCUUCUGCAGAACUCAGGCCCUGGCUGUGGGGGUGAUCCCCACGAGGCCACGGAAGGGGUCAAGCCGGAAGACAGCCGUCGCGGCUAGUGUGGCGGCGGCGGCCAUGGCCACAGUCUUCCUGGCCUUGUUGGGCCUCUUCACUCUCAGAAAACUGAAUAAGAGGAACGCGAGGACGAAGCCGCCUAGGAGGCUGGUCGAGCAUGCCUCCAAUGGCUAUCCCUCCAAGCUGCUCUCUGAUGCCAGUGAGCCCCCCACCCCGACUGAAUCCUCUCAAUUAUCCACCUGAACUUGGUAGAACCCUACGGAUUUCUCAUGAUCACUGCUGUCCAUUUUUUCUGUGUUGCCCUUGUGCGUAAAAGGGUACAUCUCGCAGACGAUCAAGCUGGGGGCGCUCGGUAUUCCAUCUUACAGGUCCUUCUCCUUGGAGGAACUUGAAGCGGCUACAAACGGCUUUGAAACAUCCGCCUUCUUGGAUGAAGGCUCACAUGGCGAGGUGAGCCAGGCCUUUCACUGCGAUUCAAACUUUGGAUGAUGCAUGCCAUGUGGGUUCAUGUGGGACUUUACUCUUUUUUUUCUCAUGUUUUUAUUUUGAUCGGUGGUAUGUUUGGACCAUCAUUCUGGUGCAUCAUUGGACACCUGAUCUCAGCGGACUAGCAAGUUUUUUUUUCUUCUUUUUUUCUUCUUUUUGGUUGAGGGCUACUGAAAAGCAUCUGUGGUGGCUGCAGAUGUACUGGGGAAGGUUGAAUGAUAAAACCAUGGUGGCAAUCAGAUGCCUGAAGUUGAAGAAGAGCCACGUUUCCCGCUCCCAGAACUUCACCCGCUACAUUGAGCUGUUCUCAAAGCUCCGUCAUCAGCAUUUGGUCAGUGCCCUCGGCCACUGCUUUGAGUACUACCUCGACGACUCCUCUGUCAGCAGAGUCUUCCUCGUCUUUGAGUAUGUCACCAAUGGGACUUUAAGAAGCAAUCUCUGUGGUAAGAUCACUGGGUUUCCUUUGAUUCAUUCCCUCUGCAUGUUUUGACGCCCUUUCCACCCUUUUUUCCAAAAAAAAUUUCACUCUAACCGUCUAUUAUUUGUCGUAUCAUUCUGGUCUGAGUUCAUCUUGAUGAGAUUUUAUCUGCUCCCAAUAAUUUUCUUGCCCGCUUUAUGACUGAUUCUAUAUUGUUAGUACCUUUUCCCCCUCCGUUCUAUGAGGAGCUAUUCAUUUCUCGAUUCAUUCAAAUUGGGCAGAGGAAGUGGGUGGGCACCAGCUCACAUGGUCUCAGAGGAUAUCCGCAGCGAUUGGUGUGGCCAAGGGCAUCCAGUUCCUCCAUGCUGGGAUCAUACCUGGUCUGUUCGCAAAUGGCGUGACGGCGACCAAUGUCGUCUUGGAUCACAACCUGGUUGCCAAAAUUAGCAGCUAUAAUCUCCCAAUAAUAGCCGACAGCAUGCGUAUUGAGGUAAGAAUGGAAUAAAUUCCAUGUGUAUAUAAUUUUAAACUCUUUUGUCACCUCUACCAAAAAAAAUGUGGAUUUUGAUACACGCCAUCUCUCACAGAUUGCAACAGGGAGUUCGUCAAAUGUAUCAAAGGAACCGAAGGGAAGGUAGAUAAAUAUCCUUUUUUUUUCCUUUCUCGAAUAGAACAAUUAUUGAUUUCUCUUUCUUCAUUUGGAACCAAAUGUUGGGCACGUGGCCCAUUUAUUGGGCACGUGGCCCAUUUAUUGGGCACAUGGCCCAGAGGCACAAAUUUCUGAAAGAACUGAUCUUGGCCUGGCGACUGAUGUCAGCCGCAGUAGAUCCGAUUCAGGGGGAAUUAAUCGAAAGUCAGUUCUGAAGAAGCUGAUAAAUUUUCCUUUUCUUUUCCCAUAUUUAUCAUCCCUUACAUGAAAUCCUACACCUACCGUAAUUAAUCUGAGAUGGGGGAUUUUUCAGGCAUAAAAAUGAGGAGAAAAUGGAUAUUUAUGAUUUUGGAGUGAUCCUGCUGGAAGUCAUCUCCGGACAACCUGUCACUUCCACGAUUGAUGUGAACAUGCUAAAGGAUCAGGUGGACAGAUUUUUCUUUUUCUAAAAUUAAUUUGCCCGGAUAUUGCUCCGAUUCAUUCAGAUUGCGUAUACAUGAAUAUAUAUUAAUAUAAAUUUAGGCCUGAUUGAUUCCUCUUUCCACCCCAGUUCGAAGCCAGCAUCACUGCUGACGGGGGGGCUCGUCAGAGGAGCGUGGUGGAUGUGGCAAUCCGCAAGGCCUCCUGUGACGAGUCACUGAGAAUAGUCAUGGAAAUCUGCAUCCGAUGCCUGUCAGCAGAGCCACUGGAGCGGCCGUCCAUCGAGGACAUACUCUGGAACCUGCAGUUUGCUGCCCAGAUCCAGGAUGAUUGGAGAGGAGACGCCCAGAGCGGCAGUAACUCCCCACCCACUCUCCACUAG